GUCGCCGCUCCAAGACACAAUCACAAUUCCAAAGACAAACUACAAUACAAAUAUAUAUACCAGUUUAUAUAUAUAUAUAUGUUGUAGCAGGCUGCCAGUUCGGUGGUAGCAAUUUAUUUAUAAAUUUGAUAUUUUUGGAUCAAACGGAAAGCAAAGUUGUAGUGCCCAAGUGUUGCUCCUCCAAACAUUCAAUAAAACGCUGGUGUCUCGUCUUUUACUUGUGAAAAUGGUGCUGGCGAAAUUGUGAAAUCGCUUCAGUUUUCAGAAAAGUGUGAUAAGCUAACAAUUUCAAAUCGAGUGACAAUGGCGGGUUUUGGCCAGCACUUGUGCCGUAUUCUGGCGCUGGCCCUUCUCCUGAGCACUGCGGUCAGUGCUCAGUUCGAACAUUACCUGGACAGUCUACGCGCCAAUGAGCUAUACGAGUUCAACGAGGGCACAGGCCAUAUUCAAUAUCUGCCCAAGGGCGACAGCGAGCAGUCGCUGCUCCAACUCCAAUCACCGAUUAAUUUCUAUGGCGAAAAAUAUGAUCAGCUUUAUAUCAACACGAAUGGCAUAUUGACAUUCAAUGUGGAAUUCGCUGAAUACCUAAAUCAACCGUUCCCCCUGGAGUACCCGUCUAUUGCCCCGUUCUAUUCGAACGUGGAUACCUCUGAUAGCGAUGAAAACAGCUCCAUUACCCUUUUCGAGACAAACGAUUCGGGCGCUCUCUAUAAGGCACAGCAACUGAUACGCUACGCCUUCAGUGAGGAGCAGGAUUUUGAAGCCAGGCAACUGAUUGUGGCCACCUGGCGUAAUGUGGGGUACUUCGACUCAAAAACGGACAGAGUAAACACUUUUCAAGUGGCGCUGAUUGUAAAUGAAGAGCAGACCUUUGUGCAGUUCAUCUAUCCCGAGGGUGGUCUGAAUUGGCUGCAGGGGGAGGCUGGUUCUUUAGGUCUACCCGACAUACGAGCCCAAGCUGGUUUUGUAGCCGAGGAUGGACGUUAUUUCAAUCUGAAUGGGUCUGGCUCGGAGAAUGCACGGUUUCUAAGCGAGAGCACCAAUCUGGGUGUCCCUGGCGUUUGGCUCUAUGCAGCGGGUCCUUUGGCUGAGGGUGAGAAUGUGCGCAUCCCAGAUAACGCGGAGACACGCACGGAAUCGCCCGCUCUGGCCCAGACAUGCAACGCCAAUAGCCAUCAGUGCGACACGCAUGCGCAGUGCCACGACAAAGCCGAGGGCUAUUGUUGCGUCUGCCAGCCCGGCUACUAUGGCAACGGACGCGCCUGCAUUGCCAACGAUGUGCCGAUUCGCGUCACUGGUUCUUUGGAGGGUGACCUGAAUGGAGUUCCAGUCGAUGAGCGUGCCAAGCUGCAGUCCUACGUAGUCACCUCCGAUGCGCGCAGCUACACGGCCGUAAACCCGGUUAGCACAGAGCUGGGUGCCCAGCUACGUCUGGUUUUGCCUCUACUGACCACCAUUGGCUGGCUGUUCGCCAAGCCAGUGGGUGGCGCCGUUAACGGCUACCAGCUGACAGGAGGACAUUACGUGCACACAUCGCGCAUUCAGUAUGACUCUGGAGAGGUACUACUGGUCAAUCAGACAUUCGAGGGACUUAACUAUUGGGAUCAACUGGACGUAAAAAUUACACUGCAUGGCUCAGUGCCACAAGUGUCGCAUUCGGAACCAUUGCACCUGGCUGAUUAUACUGAUGAGUAUCGUUUUGUGCGUCCUGGAGAGCUGCACUCCGAGUACUCGCACCAGCUGGAACUCUCCCAAGAGCAGCGCGUCAUUGGCUGCCAGGUGGAGCAAACCAUUAUCUACCAAAGCUGCUUGCGUGACGAUGAUGCAGAUCCAACGGACACUUCCGUGCUUCAGAAGGUAUCAAAAAUAGUGCUGGACUACUCCGAGCGCGAUCAAGCGCUGCGCACGAGCGCGGUAAACAAGAUUGGCGUGGAUGCCGAAUCCAAUGCUUGUACCGAUGGUAGUGCCCAGUGCGGGGAAAACGCAGUCUGUGUACCUUACGAUGACACCUAUCGAUGUGACUGCCGCCAUGGCUUUGGACCGCAGCUGGACGAGCGCGGCGCAGAAAUUUGCCUGGACAUUGACGAGUGUGCCUCGGGAACGCACGUUUGUGACGAUAAUGCCUUGUGUACCAACAACGAGGGCGGCUUCACCUGCAUCUGCUACGAUGGCUACGAGGGCAACGGCUACCGUUGCCUGCGUAACAACACUGCUGACAAUAUUGAGUACUCCACACCUGCGCCUCUGCCCCCAACCUACGAAGGCGACAGUGCCGAAGUUCCCAAUGGAAACGUGGACUACCCGCCCCAGCAACAGUAUGAAUGUCAUCGUUGUGCCCCUGAUGCCGAUUGCUAUGAAGGUCGUUGUAUAUGCCGCAGUGGAUUCUCGGGCAACGGCUACAGUUGCGUCAAUAUCUGUGGCCAUGACGAGGUAUGGGAACACGGCCGCUGCGUGCCCCUGCUUCUAGAUGAGCACGAGCUGGAGGCAAACUGCAAUGAGGAGGGUGAUUGCAACUGCCCGGAAGGCUAUGAACUCACCGAAGAUUCCAGGACAUGCCGUUACAUACUGCACUAUCCAGUCGAGCCGUCCGAGGAUUUGGUUCCCUGCGACGUUGACGCCAAUUGUCACAUCAAUGCCACCUGCGCUUGGUACGAACAAGAGCUGCGUCAUAUUUGCACCUGCAAUCCUGGUCUGAGUGGCGACGGCUACAACUGCGACCCCAUCGACGAUUCCUGUGCUAUGCGGCCUGACAUCUGCGAUCCGCACGCUAGUUGCCAGUAUCAGGAGCAGUUGGACAAAUCUGAGUGUGUAUGCGAGCGAGGCUACAGAGGCGAUGGCUUCCACUGCCAGUUGGAGCCCGAGUGCCAAUGGAGUGCCGACUGUGGUGAUAGUGCCUUCUGUGACAACGGUGUAUGCCAAUGCAAUGAGGGCUUAGAACGGGACGCCAAUGAUCUGUGCGUCCAGUCCGGUCGCUGUGGCGCCGUCUUCUGCGGCUCCAAUGCCAUUUGCAAGUGGGAUGCUAGCCAGGGCGUUCAAUAUUGUGCUUGCCUCGAUGGCUACGAAGGUGAUGCUCUUGAAGGUUGCACCAGCAAACCGGAACCCUGCAACGUACGCAAUACCUGUGGCAUUCACGCCACCUGUGAACCUACUGAAGAUCCUGCCCACUAUGAGUGUCAGUGCAACGCUGGUUACCAUGGCGAUGGCUACGUUUGUAUCGAGGAACUGAACUGCCUGAAUAAGCCCACUCUCUGUGACAUGAACGCCAAGUGCCAUUCCACUAAUACCGGACUUGUGUGCGUCUGCAAUCAGGGUUUCUACGGCAAUGGGUCAGUGUGCUUUGAACGACAGCAGCACGAAUCAGACUUCUUGAUUGUCAGUCAAGGCGUGAUGAUCGUUCGUGUGCCUCUUAAUGGACGCAAUGUACUUCCAAUUUCGGUCACAUCCAUGGCCAUUGGCUUAGAUAAGGAUUGUGUGGAAGGUCGCAUUUACUGGGGUGACAUUUCAACCAAGAAAAUUAUGAGCUCCAAGUACGACGGCACCGAUGCCCGUCCCUUCAUAACCACCGACAUUGAGUCGCCAGAGGGUAUUGCCAUUGAUGUUGUAUCACGUCGCUUAUACUGGACGGAUUCGGUUAAGGAUACCAUUGAAGUAGCUAGUCUAGACGACCCCACACUGCGUGCUGUCAUUAUUAAUAAGCAGCUGGUAAAUCCUCGCGGCAUUGCUGUGGAUCCCAUUAGAGAAAAAAUCUAUUGGUCCGACUGGGAUCGCGCCGGACCAAAGAUUGAAUUUUCAGAUCUCGAUGGCACGGGCCGUGAGAUACUUUUGGGCAAGGACGCCGUCAAUCUGCCAAACUCGCUGGUUGUACUGGAGUCGAGCGGCGAGCUGUGCUUUGCCGAUGCUGGCACCAAAAAGGUCGAAUGCAUUGAUGCGCACAGCCAUCAAAUACGCACUAUUUCCAAUGAUCUGUCCUAUCCGUUUGGUCUGACCUUUACACACGAUCAAUUUUAUUGGACCGACUGGACAACCAAGAAGCUCGAGAGCGUGAACAAUCAGGGCGAGCGCCAGAAAUCCAUUCAGACGCCCUUCUUCGGCAGUCACAAAAUGUACGGCAUGACCUCCGUGGAGCAGAACUGUCCGCAAUUCGAGAGUCCUUGCCAAAUCAACAAUGGCGGCUGCACGGAUGCUCGCCUGUGCCUGGUCAAUCGUAAGGCCCCAUCAGGCAAGAGCUGCAAGUGCACCAGCGCCUCCACAUCCUGUAAUGUGCCCACGCCCUAUGCCUUUGCCAAUGCGGGUCCACGAAUGUGAAGCGCACAAAGCAAAAGAGCUUCUGUGCAAAAUUGAAAAACUAAUUAAUUAACUAAAGCUAAAUUAUAAAUUAUUUUUGGAUACGCAUACAACACAUGGCCCUCUCUAAAGGCGCUGCCCUUCUGCUAAUACUCAUCAUGGGAAUCGAAACCAAAUUUUGAAUUAAACUAAUGUCUGUGCCAUUUUUGUAAAAGUUCUCAACUAAAGCUAACUAAAAGUAAAUGAGUA